AGAAAAACUAAUAAUACACUUCGAAGCUCAUAUGAAAGUUUAGUUUACAUUAUACUCCAAACAUCUUCCCAAAACCCCCCAAGAAAAUAAAGGAAAAUCUAGCAAAAAAUUGCCCGCCCAGCCGCCUAUUACCGAGAGCUUGAAUUUCAAAAUUGAAACUAUACACUGCCUGGUGCUGAUGGACAAUUAUUCUUAACUUUUUCUAAUUCUCUCAACAGUGAACCAAAACCAAACUAUUCUUUUGAAAGUGAAAAAAGAAAACUCAGAUCCAAACCCUCUCGAAGUUUCCCUAAUUCACGAAUGGAGAACUCCGAUUCAACUCCGUCCGUGGCUCAAACUGCUCUCCCUCUGAAGAAAGAGAAUGUAGCACCGAUCACUCCUAAGAUUGCGGAACUGGCUGAGUCAAGGAAGGAACUUCUCGGCAGAAUACAGAAUCUGAAACAGGACCUGCAAAAUUGGAGAAUGAAGUUGGACACUCAGGUCAAGGUUUACCAUGAUGAGUUGUCCGAGCUCAAGAAAUCACUUAAUACCGAAGUGGAACAACUCCGGACAGAAUUUCAAGAGCUGAGGACCACUCUCCAACAGCAGCAGGAAGAUGUCUCGUCCAACCUUAAAAGUUUAGGGGUUUCUAAAUUUCAUUCUUUUGUAACUGUUAUAGCUGCAAGAGGAUUUGGGAGAACCGAAAGGGGUCGAGAUUUUAAAAAAUGUGGAGAAUGGGUUGCCAUUUCUUCUUGUUUAAAUUUGAGGACAAGAUAUUUGACCAGGAUCGCUACUAGUGAUAUGGAUGUGAUAUGUUUUUUUGAUUCCUUUUGUUUUAUUGCAUCCUCUUACCAAUCAAGCCUUUAUCCAUUCAUUUUCCCCUUAUAUUUUUGGUCUUUUGAUGCAACUCAAGAAAUACGCACUUGCAACUGUGUUGGAGAAAUGGUUUUGAGAAAUGAUUUCUUUUGGACAGAAACCAUCACUGUUAUGUCCGACGAAGAAACAGGAACUGGUAUAUAUAUAUAUAUACUAGAGGGCUUUGGUUGUGCCUAG